AUGUCUCUCGAUAAUCCCUUAACUGUUAUCUACAAAGAGGUCAAUGGCAGCAAAAUCACCACAGAUGUAUACAUCCCGCCCACAUCCUCGUCGUCACCACAGAAAUACCCUGUGUUAAUUGACAUUCAUGGCGGUGCCUUUAUGCUCGGCCAUUCACGCAUGGUCUCCCUUCCUCAGGUGCAAGACUGCCUCGAACGUGGCUGGAUCGUGCUAGUUCCAAACCACAGGCUAUGUCCGGGAGUGAAUAUCCUCGAAGGACCAAUGCAAGAUAUACGCGACUUGUUGACUUGGAUCCAUGACGGGCAUCUGGACAAAGAGCUUUCUAGUCAUGAAGCAUACAGCGCCGAUCUUGACAACAUCGCUACAUUCGGCACAUCAUCUGGUGGAACUCUAGCUCUGGGGCUGGGGUUCAAUGUUUCGAAAUCAGUCAAAGCGAUUCUAUCUCUCUAUGGCGCAGUCCACUUCACAGACCCAUUCUGGAAAACACCUCUUCCCCACGUCGCCGCAAAACUCCCUCCAAACAUGGACCCAGCAUUCCUCUCUCAAGUAUAUCAGGAAAUCCCAGUACCAACAGACAGCUCUGUCUCCUUAGAAGGCCAAUCCGAAGCUGGAGGAAGCAAAGGUCCCAAUUUCUCCCGACCACGCGACGCCUUCGCUUUCACUCAGAUUGCCAAUGGAACUGUUAUGGACGCUAUCUACCCAGAAAGCAGAACUACAGACCCAGGAAUGGACCGGAUUGACCCGGUGAAGAAUGUUAGUGCUGAGUUCCCUCCUACGUGGAUCGUCCAUGGCCUUGCAGAUACAAUGGUUCCUAUUGGGCUUAGUCGUGAAUUGUACGGACGAUUGAAGGAAGCUGGUGUACAGUGUGGCAUGACCGAGGUCCCUGGGGAGGAACAUACUUUUGCGAUGCUCAUGAAGGUUGGCUCGAAGACCUGGUGGUUGCAAAGGGAGGGAUUCGAUUUCUUGGAGACAAUUAUUGGGAAAGGACCUCAAACAACAGCCUUCAAUUAG